UUCAAUCGCGGUGGCUCCUUAAAUGCCUUUUUACAUUUAGCGCUGUGGGAUCGCUAACAUAUAUUUUAUACAACCGCAAGCCCAGUGAAUACCACUUUUGCCCAAGUAAUGCAGCUGAAUCCGAAAAGCCUUUGGUCUUCGUUGGAGGCCAUCCCAGAAGUGGAACGACACUUUUACGCGUGAUUCUUGAUGUACACCCGAAAAUACGCUGUGGGGCUGAAACACAUGUCCUGUCACGCAUUCUCUCGUUGUACCGAUCCAUACAUGUCGGGAACAUGCUGAAACGAAUGGAGGCCGCGCAGCUGUAUCCCGUGGCAAUCAAUCGGGCUUUCUCAUCUUUUAUCAAUACUUUGAUUGAGAAUGCAGGUGAUUCUGCUGAAGUGUUGUGCAACAAAGAUCCGCUGGCUCUGCAGUACAGUACGUGGCUGCAGACACUAUUUCCUCAGGCAAAGUUUAUUCAUCUCGUUAGAGACGGGCGUGCAGUGACAGCUUCAAUGCUAAAGAAAUCAAGAACGUCAAGCAUAUGUGCUAAGCAUAGACUGAGAUGCUCGUGGUCUUCAGUGGAGCAUAGCGGCGAUUAUAUUGGAACUUCUAUCAUGAACCACCAACCGCGUGUAUCACCAUCUGCUGGUGCCUACUCCCAACAACUAUCUAAGACGUUGCCAUCUCAAGCUAGAAGGAUAUGGCACUUAUUUUGAACCGGGUUGGACUUUCUCAAAGACACGUCAAAAUUGGAAAAGGAAAAUUGGAUGCCUAUCAGACAUUUGCUCGCUGGGAGCGAAUCGUGAAAAAUAUUUCCGAUCAGUGUGCGAAUACCGCCUCUUGCCUUACAAUUCACUACGAGAAGCUAGUAUUACAGCCGAAAAAGACCAUGUCUCGAGUUCUGGAAUUUCUUCAUCUACCAUGGGACGACAGCGUCCUGAAUCAUCAUAAUUUAAUUAGGAACAGGACAAUUUUAAGCAGGAUGGAACCGAGCACCAGCCAGGUGAUCUAUCCGAUACAUAUGGAAGCGCUGUACACUUGGGCAUCCAACGACUCCGUGCUGUCACAAGAGUUUAUUCGGAACAUCCAUAAAACAAGUGCAGUGUUAAAAUCAUUAGGCUACGCUCAAGCAAACAUUCCGCCAAACUACGGGGCUCCGGAAUCAUCAGUUUUAGAGAGAACAAAGCACAUGUAUAACGAUGAAAAUUUUCGCAAGAUAUUUGGGAGAUCUAAUCGUUUGUGAUGGACAAAUUUUGAAGGUGUAUUAUGCGCUUUCCUGUCAUCGUUUAUUAAGUCAAACGAUAUGUUUUCAAACAAAAAUUGAAUUGUUUAUUUUCUUUUUUAACCUUCGUACGAUUUUAUAAACUUUCAUAUUUGAAAUGCGCGCAUUUCUUCUUUCA